UUGCAACGCCCACACUCACGGUUUACUGGAAAUGGCAACGUCCAUGCUCUUCUCGCAGACCCUGAACUAGGCAUCCCAUGAUGCAGCAGGAUAUGCAGUGUUUUGGAGUAUUUCGUCAGGCUGAUCGGGGCGGAGGCUGUGCGUAGCAAGCGGUUUGUAUUGUUGUGGAGGUGAGCGUAGCGCAGUAUAGCGUCGUGACAAAUAGAGACAAAAUAUAAUCAUAAUAUUACAAAAUUACACAUAAAAAAGCAACAUUUGCUAUGGGGAACUGUCAUACCGUUGGACCAAAUGAAGCCCUGGUUGUUUCAGGUGGCUGCUGUGGUUCUGACAACAAACAGUAUGUGGUGGGAGGAUGGGCCUGGGCCUGGUGGUGCAUUGCAGACACACAGAGAGUGACUCUGGAGGUAAUGACCAUCCUAUGUCGCUGUGAGAAUAUCGAAACCUCGGAGGGUGUCCCCUUGGAUGUGACAGGGGUCGCUCAGGUAAAAAUAAUGACUGACCAGGAGCUGCUAGGAGUUGCUUGUGAACAGUUCUUGGGUAAAAAUGUCCGAGAAAUCAAAGCUGUUGUGUUGCAAACACUGGAGGGGCAUCUUCGUUCAAUUCUGGGCACGCUGACCGUUGAGCAGAUUUAUCAGGACAGAGACCAGUUUGCCAAGCUGGUGCGGGAGGUGGCAGCUCCAGACGUGGGCCGCAUGGGUAUUGAGAUUCUCAGCUUCACCAUCAAGGAUGUCUAUGACAAGGUGGAGUACCUGAGCUCUUUGGGGAAAUCUCAGACCGCUGCUGUGCAGAGAGAUGCAGAUAUUGGUGUGGCCGAGGCUGAGAGGGACGCAGGAAUAAGGGAAGCAGAAUGCAAGAAGGAAAUGAUGGACAUCAAGUUCCAGGCUGACACUAAAAUGGCAGAUUCUAAGCGAGAAUUAGAAAUGCAGAAAGCGUCCUUCAAUCAAGAAGUUAAUACGAAGAAAGCGGAGGCCCAGCUGGCUUACGAGCUGCAAGCAGCGAAGGAGCAGCAAAAGAUUCGCCAGGAGGAGAUGGAGAUCGAGGUGGUGCAGCGUAAGAAGCAGAUCACCAUCGAGGAGAAGGAGAUCUCCAGAACAGAGAAGGAGCUCAUCGCCAUGGUCAAGAGACCUGCAGAGGCUGAGGCCUACAAGAUGCAGCAGCUAGCAGAAGGAGAGAAGAUUAAAAAGGUGCUAAUCGCUCAAGCUGAGGCUGAAAAGAUCCGUCGGAUUGGUGAGGCAGAAGCUGCGUCCAUCGAGGCUAUUGGCAAAGCAGAGGCAGAGAAAAUGAAGCUGAAGGCUGAAGCUUAUCAGCAGUACGGAGAUGCAGCCAAGACUGCCCUCGUCUUGGAGGCUCUUCCAAAGAUCGCUGCCAAGAUUGCUGCUCCUCUUGCCAAGAUAGAUGAGAUUGUGAUCCUCAGUGGAGACAGCAGCCGUAUGACUGGAGAGGUUAACCGCUUACUGGCUGAGCUCCCCGCGUCAGUCCACGCUCUCACUGGCAUAGACUUGAUGAAGAUUCCCUUACUCCAGAAAAUGACCAAUCCACAAGCAUGAAAACUCAAAACCAACUAGAGAACAUGUCUGUUAUGCACUCUCACGUCGACUGCCUUCAAACACUUGGAAAAUAGUUUUUUCUACAGACAAGUGGUUUUAUUUUUUAUUUUUUUUAAAACCUCUGGUGCCUUAUUUUUUAGGACCAGACUUUAUGCAUGCAACACUUCUCCUUUUUCAUUUUUUUUUUUAUUAAAUUCAGAUUUAAAUGCUGUUAAAAGCUUGUUCUUAGCAGGGAUCAGAAUACAUGUUAGCCUUCUUCCUUGGUCCACUUCUAACUUCUGCAGCAAUGGAAGAUCAGAGCUGUCAUCUAUUGGUGGAGCAACCAAGGAACCAGGUACAUGUGUGUUUCAAUCUCUGCUUUUAGCUGUCGUAUAAAAUGUAUCUAGAUAACCUUAUCAACCUAUGUUACUACCAGUUGAAAACUAAAAACGGCAGCAACUACCGCUGAGAAAGCAUGAUUCUACUUUUUUUUUUUUUUUUUUUUUUUUUAAACAUGGGCAGUGAUUUGUAUAACUUCUGUGGAAGUGGCAUGCUAUUUUGACUCUGUACUGGUGAAAAAAACUGGCAGCCUGUUUUAUGAGCCAUUAUUAAUGUUAUUUUUAUGUAUUUUUUUAUUUUAUUAUUGUUUUAUCAGUUUGAAUUUCUUAAGAUUAUGCAGUACCUUUUGAUCCACGUGACACCUGGUGGUUGAAAAACGACACUGCAGCUUUUUUUUAUUUUUUUUAUAUAAACUCAAAAUUGCAUGUGAUACACAGAAACGAUUUCUAAUUUGUAAAUGAACUUAACCUUUUUUUUCUUUCUUUCUUUGUCACGGUUUCAUUAUCACCAUUGGGGAAUUUUUUUUUUUUAUAUAUAUAUAUAUAUAUAUGUUGCUUCCAGAAAUAAAUUAUGUACAGAAGCAGAUUUUUUAAAAGGGGAAUGUCACCCUUAGGAUAGAAGUUUGCUUUGUACAGUGUAUUUUUCUGAAACACAGAACGGCUCUGGAGAUUAUAGGCCACCACAAGGCUUUUGUUUUAAAUCUCUGUGAAAAAAAUCGAUUUGCUGAAACUUAAAAAGACAGUUACAUUAUCAGAAAUAGCAGAGCCAGUCAGUAGAUAUAUCGAUGUGUAAAGCCAUAUCACAAUGUUUCAACAGCCUUAAAGGAGCAGACCAGUGAGUAUGCUGUAAUGUUGCUCAAGCUGCCCUUAUAUCCUGUAUAUUGGUUCGGGUCCCAUAACUGGGAUCACAGUACUACAACUUGACAUGGACAAAAUUUGAGCUUUAAUCAUUUGUAGGGUUUUAACUUUCUAAUCCACUGUUUUAGUGACUUUUUAUCGCUUACAGAGUAUUUAUUAUAGCGUCUUGCAGUAUUUAUAGUGUUCGUGUAGGUGGGAAUACGAUUGUGCGUUCAAUCAAUACUAUAAAUGUUUGUCAUUUUUUACACGGUCGCUUGACCACUUGGUGAGUGCUGCUGACAUGGAAAUACCUUUCAUUGCAAAGCUCUAAUAUUGGACAGGAAUCAAAAGAUGUGCAGUAAGAGUCGAGCACGACCAGCACUUGCUGUGUCAGCGUUUACUAAUAAAAACAGCCACCUUUCGUCUGUUUCUCAUAGGGACCACGCAGCGCUUGCUGUCCAGUCUGAUUAGAACUAUUUCUCUACAUUAGUCAUGGUGGCCAGGUGUCUUUAUAAUGAGCCUCUACAUAAACUAUAUACUGCCACUAACGACCGAGGCUGUGGCAUUGGUGUAAGAGUAAAAUAUGUUUUAAACAUUUAUAAAAAAAAUUAUAAUUUGAGUAGUACAUGGGUUAAGACACCAGUGAUUAUUUUGUGACAUAUUCCUUAUCUUCAUAUUCCUCUCAAGGUUUGAACUCCUUGAAAUGCAUAUAGAUGUACCUCACUCUUUGUUUGCAAAGGCACUAAUGCAGUGUAGUUAGAAGUCAUCACAAUAUGAUUAUUUUAAGCCACAUUAAAAACGACGACAACCAUGUAAGCCAAUAGUUUCCGGCCAGCAUCCCAAGGAAGAGGUUAACACUAAAGCAGACCGUGGCCACUAGACUGAUGCUGCAGAGAGGACUGAUAGGAAUCAUUAGGGGUCAUUCUGUCUUUUGAAUUUAACUUCUUUUUUUCUACCGGUCGUGCUGUAUUAUCUUUUGUAGUAUAGCAAUCAAACCGCGGGUCUCAGUUUUUUCAAGUUCCUCGGGAUGAAAAUGAUCUUCUUUUCUAGCCAGGGUUGUUUUACUAUCAAUCUUCUGAAACCAUCAUGCUUUUUAUUAAUCCCUUUUCCUUCUGGCUUUCACACGGGAGAGGAGCAAAACCAAAACAAUCUUGAAAUGAAGAAAAAAAAAACUGAAGCAGUGCGGAAAACUUACAAGUUUGGUAGAAGAAAACUUUGUGCUUGUUUCUAAAUGUGUAUAUAUUUUUUUUUAAACUUGAUUAUCAUAUACUAUACUGCAUAUACUAGUAUAUCAUAUUGUAUUUUGUAAAUCAGUUGUUUAAUCAUCCAGAACCUGUAUUUGACAUGCAAGUGAAUAAUCGCUCACCAUCCACACAUUCUGGCUUUUUUUUUUUGUUUGUUUUGUUUGUUUUUUUUUAAAUCAAUGGCUAAAAUAAUGUUAUUGUGUUCGCCUUAAGAACUGGUGUCACUUUUUUUUUUUUUUGCCUUUAUGUUUUUCAUCUGAUUUGUAGAAAAUAUGCUUUUUAUAAGCUUUUCUCAAAAGCGAAUUGAGUAAGGCGAUGGGAUCCUGUUAAAGCGUCCCAUCCAAAAUGUUAUUAGUCUGUAUAGGUGCUUUACUUUAAAGACCCUUUCGAAAUGUUCACUUUUGCAUUGCUGCCUGAGACUCAUUUUUAUUUUGGUUGUGCGCUUGGUUGACCUCAUAUUAGUGCCAAAAACUGACCAAAAUAUAUUCGGAACACAAACUGGACAGUGUCGUUGCUUACAUGUUGAGGGUGGUAUUUAGAGACUUGUGCUUUCCAGAAGGAGUGAGCUGUUUAAUAUAGGAGCCGAAGGAUGUGGGGAAAGACCAUCAGUACAUUUUGUCAAUCACUUUUUUUUUUUUUUUUAAAACAAUUAGGCAUAGAAGGAGUUUGUGUCUGCUUUGCUCACUGAGUUAAUCCUAAAUGUGUAUCAGUGAAGUGAACGCUAUGGAGAAGACUGUUAUGUACUCAAGUCAUCAUUCUCCUGUAUGUACAUCUAUUUGCUUGUGCCUCGUGUUGUUCAUUCAUUGAUUUGUAGCUGUUACCCUGACAUAUUGGAAUGUUAUAUAACAUACAUGGAAUAAAUGUUCUGCUACCA